AUGACAGGUUUCUAUGGGAAGUUUGAGUGCAGCUUAUUCAGCAGAACUGCACGAACCCUUCUUCCACGAACUGCCGCUUUUGUCGAUGGAGACCUGGAUCUGGAGAGGCUGAUAGAACAGUAUGACGAGCGACAUAAAAAGGAAGGGGAUAUCAACGAGAUGCUUUUUCUCCGACAUGACAGUCACCUCAUACCCUCCGACCAUAACAGGAACAGAACCAGUCUGGAGCAGUCCUGUGUGUCGGGAUCUCCACAGAUGAUGACACCUGUCAGAGCUGCCAUGAACACUGUUCAGCAACUGAAGGCCAUUCUCAGCAAUCAGGCCAGUGAUCAGGCCAGUGACAAGCUCCUCUGUUACUUUAAGAACUGUGCAAUCGACCCAACUACCUCAAUCGCAGAAAGAGUGAUGGAACUCGAGAGAGUGUUCACGUCCAAUUUCACGUCCAGUCAGAUGACCAUUGCGGAACAGCGUUUCACCAUGGUCAAGAGGUUGUACUACAGAGUGAUGGAGUCCAUGUUGGACAUGGAGCACGAGAGGUUGUCCACGAAUGACUUCAGCAAGCUUCUGUGUUCGGACAGUUUCCAUCGAUCUCUCCUUGCUGCCUCGGUGGAGAUAGUGCUGAUGACAUAUGGGCUUUCGUGCAAUCCCUCCCUCGGUGAGAUUGGUCGGGAAGACUCCCAGUUCUGCUUCCCGUGGGUGCUGAAUGUGUUCAAUCUCCAGGCCUUCGACUUCUUCAAAGUGCUGGAGAGCUACAUCCGAGCGGAACCCAAGCUCACCAGAGAAAUUAUCAAACACUUGCAGUGGGUUGAGACACAGAUCUUGGAGAGCAUUGCUUGGAAAGAGGGAUCAUCGUUAUUUAGUGCUAUCGAAAACUCGGACAUCAUGAUGACACAACCGCAGUCUCCGUCAACUUCGUCUCCAAACUCCCACAACACAAACACAGCUGCAGACAUGUAUCUUUCACCUAUGCAUCCACGGUCAGGUAUCAUUCCUCCAUCAGCAACAAAUGGCACCUUUCCUGUGAACUCCAGUCCUUCCUCCAGAGGAGCUGGGAAUCCGGGCGGUCAAGAUGGAGCGUCCGCUCCAGCACCAAGGCGAUCUCAGUCUCUCAACCUUUUCUUCAGCAAAGUUGGGAGGACAGGAUUUCACAAACUCCAGAAGUUGUGCACCAUGCUGGAAGUGACCAAGGAUGUGCAACAAAAGAUCUGGACAUGUUUUGAAUACUGCAUCACUAACAAGCCAGCACUGAUGAAAAACAGACACAUCGACCAGAUCAUGAUGUGUUCGCUGUACGGGAUCUGCAAGGUGGUUGAGAAGGAGAUCAAGUUCAAGACGAUCGUCCACAUGUACAGGAACUUAGCAAAUGUGGAUCAAUCGGUGUACAAGAGUGCCUUCAUUCAUGGGAGUGAGUUCGACUCUAUCAUCGGAUUCUACAACAAAGUUUUCAUGCAGAAUAUGAAGACCUACAUUCUUCAGUUCUCAGUCAACAGGCCCAUGGCCCCGACACUAUCUCCAGUUCCAAAGCAGAUGAUGUCACCCCGCACUGCCUCCCCAGCGUACAGUAUUCAGGGCAGGAAGAGGUUCUAUGUGUCACCGCUGAAGGAGUCGCCAUUCAAGUUGCCGCCCUCACCGAGUCAGCUGACGCCAAGGAGCAGUCUGCUAUACAGUUUCGGGGAAGGUCUUGGAUCGUCCGAGAAGCUGAGGAACAUCACAGAGAGUCUCUCCGCAUACAAACGACAGUCAGCGCCAAGAAGUCUGAAGCGCCUCCGCUUUGAUCAGGUCUCAGCAGACGAUGAACAGUGUGUCCCUGAAACUUGCCCUAAAGUUGUGAAGAGAAUCGCCAUGGAUGUCUCUCCUCACAAGUCUCCAGCCCACACCAGUAAAGAGCCCAAGAAGACGAAUUGACGUAAUCCCCGCUGACAAACUUCACAGCCUUAACUCUUCUUGUUUACUAAGAAAAUGGAAUUAUUAAACUGUAGUGCUAGUUAUUCAAAUGGAUUAAUUAUGUAUAAAGGAAAUUUUGUUUCAGAAUAGUAUUUUAAUAUUGAAUUUUUUUAAGGUAUAAUGAUGAAUUUUAAAUACUAGAUAGUUAUUUAUUUUAAGGCUCUUACAUGUUGUUAACAAAAUUCAGAUGUGUGUAUUUGUUAUAGUUGUUUUUAAUUAAUAACAGAUUGCCAAAAUAUUUAUGGAAAAACAUUUGGUAGAAUUGUACAUUUUAAGUAAAAUUUGUUUUAUGUAUUAAAUAAUGGUUUCAGCAUGUUGAAAGGGAGUAUACUACUGAACUGUGUUUUCUUUGAGGAUUCCUUCGACAAAUUCUGUACGUUUUAAUGAAAAUUUGACCGAAUUCUUUAAGAAUCAUAGUUUUGUUUUUUGUUACAGAUAUGCAAUCUUUUUCUUGUAAAGAAAUGAACUUUAAUGAAAAACAGGCAGAUUUGUAUUGAAGUGAUAAGUUACUGUAAAACAUUAAAACUAUCAUUUAUGCUUUUGUUGCAAUACCCCUGUCGAAUCCAGUACAUAAAUGACGACUAGCUCCCAUUCUUUAAUUCACCUAAGCAAUAUUUCCUAUGGAAAUAGUUUGUGAUGAUAAAUACACUUCACCUCUCACAAAGUAGAGCUUCUUAUUGAUUAAGGCACUUUGGUAGCCCUGCCGUGUUAAAGUGCUACAGUAAGAGGCGACUAAUGGGAUCGGGUGGCCAGUCUCGCUGACUGGGUUGACACAUGUCAUCGUAUCCUAA